AUUUGGGGCUAAAUAAAGUAGAAAUUACAUGAAGCAUUCUAUCAGAUGUGACUUAUUUUUGUUGAUGUUAUUGAUUAUAGUCAAACAUUCAUUAGUGUAGGAUUUAUCACAACUAUUAGUCGUCUACAUGCUUCUUGCUUUGUAUAGGUCAUUUUGGUUUCAAUAUAAAUAUAGCCAUGUAACAAGAAAGAUCAAGAGAUCGAUUUGAUCUCUGUUGUGAUUAUUGCCAUUACCAUUUUGUUAAUCUUAUUUAUUUUCAGUUGUUAUCAAUAAUAAAUCUAAUUUAACUCCAAUAUAGCACUAAAUGCAUCUAAUUGAACCUUUUAAUGAAUAGAUCCCAUUAACAUGGAAUAUAGAAUUUAAAAGUAUUAAUUAGAAAAUUAAAUCUCUUGCGAUGAUUUUUAAUUCUUUUAUUAAAUCUUACUCGUUCUCAAUUGUUGUUAUUUGUUAUUUAUGUACGUGCAAUAAAAACACUUGGAGAGGGCUGAGAAGAUCGCGCACAGCAAAUAGGUGGGAAGCCACAGCCAGCCAAUACAAACAUGGGAAACGCCGUGGCGGGAGGUAUUGCCGCCAAAAGUUUCCCGAGGCUUUAUACCUCGAAGCCCUACCGCCGCUCCUCCAUUGCGCCAUAUCCAUCCUUCGUUAUCCUUCCUCCGCCUCUAUCCCGAGCCAGAAUGGCCUCCAGCGACGCUGUCAAUGGCGGCAGCCCGGGCGUCCAGGAGCCGUCUCCAAAGGUCCCAAAGCUCUCUCAGAACGGUGGCCUCCACGGGGAGAUCCGGCUCCCUCUUAUUCGCGUCAAGAAGCUAUCGCAAAAUGCCAUCUUGCCUUCUAGGGCUUCCCCUCUUUCCGCCGGCUACGAUCUCUCAAGCGCCGCGGGAGUGCUAGUGCCUGCUCGAGGCAAAGCCCUCGUUCCUACCGACCUCAGCAUCGCCAUUCCGGAUGACACUUAUGCCCGCAUUGCCCCGAGAUCGGGCCUGGCAUGGAAGCACUCGAUCGAUGUGGGAGCCGGCGUGAUCGAUGCUGACUACCGUGGGCCUAUUGGUGUCAUUCUGUUCAACCACUCGGAUGUGGACUUUGAGGUGAAGCCUGGGGAUCGGAUAGCUCAGGUGAUAAUUGAAAGGAUCAUGACCCCAGAAGUCGUGGAGGUUCUUGAUUUGGAUUCCACUGUCAGGGGCGAUGGAGGGUUUGGAUCCACAGGUGUGUGAUGUGACUACAUCGUAUAUUUCUCUGCUGAUUUUGGAGGAUUGUGCUCUUAUACUUCUACUAUAAUGUGAUGGUUGUUCAUGAACGCUAGAAAACAAUCCAGUGUUUGGUUAAACUUUUGAUCGUAUGCUAACUCGUUUUGAUCA